GACCAACACUACUGCGACUGCUUCGACUGCACAUCUUUGACAAUGUUUCCGAGAGCACGGCGCUUCGAGGCUGAGAAGCCGGACAUGACGCCGGGCCCGAAUGCAUACGACCCCAAGGAGCCACUGGCCGCGUACAAGAAAGGCGCCAUGUUUGAGCGCGAUGCGCGCUUCAGGAUGGCUUCUAAUCAGCUCGAGAUGGAUGGUUCUGACCAUAACACCGGAGAGCCCUCUUCCUCGAGGGCAGCGUCUGCGGGCGUGAGCUCAUCAAAGGCUGGCAACGACAGGGAAAGGACUAAGCUUGAGGCGAGGCUGCACAAGGCCGAGGAAAAAGUCGAGGACCUGCUCCGGGAGAGGGCGGAGCUCCACAAUGAAAAAGCAGACGCGCAGACUGAGCUGAGACUGGCGAUGCAAAAGCACGACAAGGUCAAGGCACAGCUCGACAAGACGCAGGCCUCGCUGUCAAAAUACAAAUCACAGGGCAACAACUACGAACACCUGACGGCAAAGCUCCAGGAGCUUCAGGUAGUCCACGAAGAGAGCAAAGCGAAGCGCUUGGCCGACGUGCAGGCCCUUGAGAAGCAGCUGAGACAGGUCGAAGGGGAUAAGCUGGCCAGUGACAAGGUCGUGGCGAGACUGAAGGAGCAGCUGCGAGGGAAAGAAGAGGAGGUUCGAAGGUCGAAGAUAGAGUCCGAUCAGCAAAUCGAAGAGCUUACGCAGAAGUUCCGAAGGGAAGAAGAAAAGGCUAGAAAAACGAUCGAGGCACUCAAAUUGGGCUCGAGUCAAGAGGUGGAGACUUUGAGGACAAGAGUAUCGGAUCUCCAAGACGCCCUUGCAGAUGUCGAGGAUCAGCUCGAAGAGACUGAAAGCCAGGUCGCGGGUCUGCAAAGAGCAGGACUGCAGCUUGCACGGCACAUGAACUCUGCGAUCGAUGCAAGUGAGGAUCGGAGACUGGCAUCUCGCCUGGCCAGGAUCGAGACGAGACGAUGGAAGUCGGUGGCAGAGCAAAGCCAAGCCGAGGGACGGGCGCAGGUGAAAAAGCUAGACGAGCUAGAGGCGGAUCGAGAAGUCCGGCGAAAUCAAGAAGCGCAGCUGCUCCAAGAUAUUGACUCGCUUCGGAGGGCGCUGUACCAGGACAAUUCAGAGGAGGAGAGACUCGAUGCAGCAGCGGUGGACAAUGAGGAGGAUGAGACGGCACUUCUGCGAGUCAGAUCAGUCCAAGCAGACAUCAACAGUCAGAUCGAACGCAUGCAGCUUAAUGACGAACGACAGAGGGCAGAGUCAUUCAAGGAAGAGCUGGCGGCCGUACAUGAGCAACUUCUCGCUUCGAUGGUCGACGCGCACGCCUCCAAGGCCUCGUACGAACAGUCCCGCAAGACGCUAGAGGAGGUCGAAGCCCGUAAUGCACUCCUCGGCUCUGACCUGAAAAGGUUGACAGAGGAGGCAGACGCCAAGACGAAGGAAGCAAACGAGCUUCGCCGUGUCGACGAAGCCCGUCAAAGCGAGCUGGACGUACUGCGAAAGGAGAAUAGACGAUUGGAAGAGGUGCAGAAAUCACACACGACACGCCUCUCACACCUCGCAAUGAGGGAAGAGGCUUGGCUGACCGAGCGAGCCGAGCUGCUCGAAUCGCUCUCCGAGGCGGCUGCUGUUCGUGUGGCCUUUGACAAACUCCAGCACCAGAUGAGCAUCCUUGCGGGUCGAUCGGAGCUUUUCGAGGAGGAGGCAGCACAGCUUGCGGCGCUCAACGCAGAGCUGGCGAGCCACACGAACCCGAACCAGAAGAUCGUGUACCUGGAUCGCAUCAGGAGGGAGCUCGAUGAGAAGCGGGGAGAAGUCGUGGAACUGAGGGUGGAGAGGGACGAACUGAGGGAGAAGGCGGACAGGUUAGAGGAAGAGGUCAGGGUGUACAGGAGCGUGGAGGUAGGGCUGGAUGAAAGGCCCCGGGCAAGAUUCACCAGAGUCGGGAGAGUGCCCUCGGCCAGUUUAAGGGCAUCGGAGUCGGUCAAGGAGACAUCCAAGGCGGCGCCGUUGGCCAAGUCGAGCCGAGUCAUGAAGGAGAGCACCUCUUCUGCGAUCAAUACCAUUGAAGGACAAGGAAGAGAGAAGAAAGAGGACACUCUGCUGCUCAAGCAUCCUCAUCUGCGCCGUGGUGCUGGCGCACCCCGAAAACACGCAGCUCAGGCCUCAACCCUCAAUGGCGACGAUUACGAAGAGGCAAACGGAGAGGAAGAGGGCGAAUUGACGCUGCAGGACCUUCAAGGGAGACGUUGGUAGCUAAUUUUGUGCAUUACAAAAGCUUUGCUCGAAAUGGUUCUACAUGCGAUGCAACUAUAUGAGAGACUAUCACAUCUUGAGCCUCC